GCGAAGAUGCUGAACCUGGAAUGUCAUAUGUACGAAGCAAAGUAUCCGGAGGUGAAUAUGGCGGUGAUGAUACAAGUGAAGAACAUCACCGACAUGGGUGCCUACGUUUCGCUCCUUGAAUACAACAACAUUAAAGGCAUGAUCUUGUUCUCGGAGCUCUCCCGUCGUCGGAUUCGUAGUGUCAGCAGUUUAAUCAAGGUCAACCAAACUGAGCCGGUAAUGGUCCUCCACGUUGAUAAGAAAAAGGGUUAUAUCGAUUUGAGUAAGAGAAGGGUUAGCGAGGAAGAUAUUCAGGCUUGUGAAGAAAGGUAUAACAAGAAUAAACUUGUUCAUUCUAUUAUGCGACAUGUUGCCAAGACUUUGGAUAAUGAUUUGGAGUUGGAGCCAUCUGAUAUGAAGCCAUCGAAACAGGUUCGGUACCCGGGUAAACCUCAAUCCUGA